AUGAAUCGCCAAACAAAUUACCCUGGUCGUCAAUCUUCUGGUGCCAAGAGGGACUACCUUGAAGAAUUAACCUAUCGCAAAUUGAAAUCUAUUACGCUGCCUCUAGAAUAUUAUAGUAACAAAGAACUGGAAGCACAUCGGGCCAUCGUCAAAGGUUUAUUGGUCAGGGAUGCAUGGAUAAGUGAUCUACAAGGUCCAGACGGGGAUAAUGGAAUUGACCUCUUUGGUUCUUGUAUGGGAUAUAGUUUUCCUGUACAAUGUAAAAAUCUUUUAUCAAAUGCUACAGCAGACCAUAUUAGAGCAUUUUUGGGUGCAAUGCUAUGUCAUCCUCUAAUGCCAUUUGGUGUCUUUGUCGUUUCAAAGCCAGAAGGAUAUACAGAAGAAGCGAAGAAUGUAGCUCGCUGUAGCUCAAUUAAAAUAAUUUUAAGUGAUAUUGAUCACGUUGUUAAUGACAUUAAUAAUUAUUGUCUUGAGCUACAGCAACUGGAAAGUACUGAAGGAAUUUUCUUGAGAGAAUUUCAUAAAUUAAGAACCAGUAAUAUAAAGUUGAGUAGGAAACUUGAUAAACAUGAAAAGGAAGUAAAGGACAUAGCAAAUAAUCUAGAAAAACUA